AAAUAGAAAACAAAUGCAGUUUGAAAAUAUUUAUACAAAUGUUCAUACGAGUAGAUGUGUUGAAAAUUAUACCUACCUACUUAAGUUCGUAAAUAAAUGGUUGGUAAAUAUGUCUCAGUGAAAGAAAUGAGCUUUCUUUGAACGGAUUGUUUUUUUUUUUUUUUGGUGAAUGUGAAAAAAAAUGUCGAUAGAUUGGUUAUUAAAUGAUAUGUUCGUUAAUUUGGAUCGUGGUUAUUUACUCGAACAAAAUACUAGACAGCAAUUGGUGAAUUAUUUUAAUACGGUUAUCGAAGACUUCACCAGGAAGAACGAUCCGGUUAGCGAUGGACAAGAUGAAUGUAAACAAGUAGUCCAAGCAGCUUUGAAAUUCCACGAAAAAUCCAAACAAAACAACAGCCAAGUAUGCCUAAUGGGUAAAUACCACGACUUACUCUACGUAGCCGCCAAACUAUGCUAUCUAUGGGACCUAAAAGACACCCAGAUCAUCUGCUCCCUCCUCUCAGACAUCUACUCUUGCGAAAAAACCUUCGAGAAAUUAUUCCAGUGCGCCAUUUUCGGCACCAAGGUAACCCAACUGAUCUCCGGCUGGAGAAGCGACUACAAAACCCAAGACGAGAACAUAAAAGCUUGCCAGUAUUUCGUCGAACAUGCAGCCAAAGGUGCCUUCGCAGUUUCCCACCAUGGUCUCGAGUACAACCUCGUAGACGUUCCGAUGACCUCGUACGAAAAACUAUCCCCUUUAAAAGUAGCCAUAAAAGCUGAUAAAUGGGACGUGGCUAAUUUACUCAUGAGCUUAGGUGCUCUGACGUAUGUGCCAUUUGACCACGUAGAGUACGAAAAGUACACCUUGUUCGAGACUUUUAUAGAAAAACUCGAGAAAUUCUACGAAUGUCCGGAUAAUUUGACUGAAAGCUUCGCUAUGUUUUUGAGAUCAGUGCCUCGUAUCGGGAACGUGUUCAAAUUGGAGAUAGAAGACGAUGAAAGGAUGGCUGUGAUUACUGUUUUGAACGAAUUAACGAGUAAGAAUCUUCAAGAACCUGAAUCAUUGAAGCAUUUGGCAAGAUGCUCAGCUCGAGAGUAUUUAUCGAAAAAUCACUUGCUUCCGGCCAGAUUGAGUAAUUUACCUGUACCUUUGUCGAUUUGUAAAUACAUCGAUUUAGUAGAUUAAGGUUACCUGGUUUCGUUUUUUUUUUUUUUAUUUCGGGGUUUCGUUUUCGUUUUAUUAUUAUUAAUACACAAUAAAAUCAUAUUUCCAGCCUG